UUAACAUCUUGCAAUGAACUCAUCAAAGUCUGAAGAUAUGUUCAUGUUCUCGUCGGACUCGAGCGACGAAGAGGACGAAUUGAUGUUGCUGGUCGCCAUCAAGGAGGAACAGGCUGCAUCCCAAGGUCGCAGGCAGCAGCGUGGCUCCGUGCCUAGCCAUGCGGUCAUAGACUGUGGGCACCAGGAAGGUGUUGCUAGGCUAUUCAGGGACUACUUCGCCGAUAACCCAGUGUAUGGUGAUACAUUGUUUCGUCAUAGAACCUCAUCAGAAAGAAGGACGUUGUCGCCUUCAUUGUCCAUGGAUCCUGAUGCUUCAUCUUCAACGGUCACGCUGCUACUGUACGGCAAAGCAACAUGGUUGGGCACGACAGUACCGCGCAGUGCAUCCUCCACUUGGAAAACAAGCUGCACCAAAUUCGCCGUAAUGGCGUCGACCUCUAGCAACGCCAUGUUCAGGUCCACAACAACAGGGGUGUUGUCCAGACUCAAGAUGUCAUUCGUAACUUUCUUCAACGUAGCAUCCACCUCCUGCACAUGGUCCUGCAUCAUCGACACAAAGCGCGGCAAGCACUACAACGUCCAUCUACAACAUGGAGCAGGGGAUUCCAUGAGCACACAAGCCAAGUGUCCCUACUUGUCGAGGCCGCCGUCACAUGGUGGCGAUGCCCGCCCAGCCGGCCCUAGCCGACCAACCAUUCCCUACCCAAGACGGAUGCCAAAACUGGGAUGAAGACGAUGUCAGCGGAGCCCUCGCCUCCCCACCUCUCUCACCGCCAGCGCCGCACGCCCCCUACCUCGCACGAUAGGCCGUCGCCCCACCUUUCACCAAAUCCGUGUUUGAACUUCCACACGCUCAAAUCCGCAAGAGUGUGCUGAGAAAUUUGUACCUCCCGUCGCCUGGAGUCAUCGCCGGCGUGCCGCCUCCGGGCAAGUCCCUGCUUCCCUCCAUGUGCGCAUGAUCUAUCCUCUGGGAGUCAGCUGCCCUCGCCGCCAACCUUCCGCCGUCGUCGCCCCUCGUUUCCUUGUUUUCCUCCCGAGCACACGAGCCCAACGUCUGGACCCUUCCACACUCGCCGUCUCCACGAAGAGAAAGGAGAGAGGUUCCUAUGGGCGAGGGAACCUCUCUCUUUUCCCGUCCCGUGUCGUGCCGCAACAGGAACGCGUUGGAGCGCGAAUUUGGUUCCUGUCGAGCUCAUUUCCCAUCGUGAAGGGAACGACGCCCGGGAGGGGAAGCGCUUGGGGUUGGUCUUACUGGCGGAGGUUCUUGCAUGUGGUAGGUUUGCUUACCAGUACACCAACAAGAGGGGGAGUGGGCAGAGUGAUGCAGCAGCUCUACUCUAGUUUAGUUUUAGUUGUGGAUGCGUGUAGUUUGUGUCCUCGUAGUCUCACGCGUGGAGAAAAGGGGAAAGACAGGGAAGAGAGAGAGGAGGCGGCGGCCGGUGCGGUGGUGGUGGCGUAACCGCCUUCCCGAUCCCUUCAGGGAUUGGGUGGGGCUGGAUGGCAUCGUAGCAUCUAUUUGCAUGCCUUCUUUCUCUUUCUUGGGUGCGGACUAAAAAAUCCUCUUCAUCUAUUUGUUUCUUAUUGUUCUUCUUCUUUCAGUUGGGGAUCUCCCUGAGUUGGACCCGAGUUGAGCUCGAGAUUUGGAUUGGAGAAUCGGAGCCGAAAUGGAUUGGUGGUGGUGGUGGUGACCUUGUGUUGGUUCCUGUUGGAGCUGUGAGUGCCGAGGUUCGCCUGCACACGUUGACGUGGUGCGGUGAGGCCUUAUAUCUCCGUCUUCUUCACAGACGAUAACGACAACAAAUAGGAUUUCUGGGACAAGAACUUCAUUGUCGUGUCUUGCCUCUAUUGUUUUUGCUUUUAAGCAAAUCUCACUAUGAGUAUUUUCUUUCCUCUCUUUCUAAGUUUUGGACAAUGCAACAUAUAUAUUGUAUUGGCUUGGUGAUGAAUAGAAUUGCUAAAAUUUGAGCAUGUUCUCUGAGUAAUCUAGCGUCGACUUGUAAAUUCUCUAGUUUUGUGAUUACAACUGUUAGCACCUGGGUAUUGUGUAGUGUGCUUCGGCGCUGUUCUGUACAUCGAGAUACACCUGAUGUUUUGAUUAUCUAGUGUGCUACCUAUUGAGUUGUUGCCUGGAUCAGUAUUGCAGUGAGCUCUGAGUAUACUUCACAUUUUUGUGCUGGAUGAAUUUCUAGUUCAAGUUGUUGUUGCUAUCUUUCGCAAUUGGUAGUUCAAUUUUAUCUUUCAUUCGGUAGUGGUCUGCCACUGCUAUUCUGAGUGUGUGCUCUUAGGCUUGGCACUGUAGUACUGUCUAAGGUGCUUAUUUGAUUCUAGAGAACUCAAUACAGGUUCUUUAACUAGAUGAUGCUUAGAAACAUUGCCCAAUUAAUGAUGAAUUAUAUAGGACAAUUGGGGAGCAGGACCAUCAAAGUUCUAUGGCCAAUUGUUACUCAUUGUCUGAGAGCAAUUCUUUCAUCAAAUACCUGUUGUUCAAUACUUUAUAUUUACAUGAUGAAUCUUGCUUUUCCUGUGGUCUCUUGGCACAUUCUUGUGUGACGUCAGCCUAAGCAGGGCUUCUGGCGACUUGCGUGCUCGUUGACUCCCUCCUCCAUGGUUGUAGAUGGAUGCUGCCACACUUGUCGCUCUUAUGUUGAAACUGUAGCACCAUGUGUAGGAGGCCACAUCUGCGUUGAAGAAGGUGGCCAACAACAACUUGAGUCCGGACAGCACCCCUGGUGCCGUGGAGCUCAACAGAGCACUUCUGGAGGUCGACUCCAUUGCAGUGGACUUGGAGCAGCUAGUUUUCCAAGUUGAGAAUGCUAUGCGCAGCGGUGUCGUGCCCAACCAUGUUGGUUUGCCGACAAUAGCAACGUUCUUGUUAAAGAGGAAACAUCGGGAUCAAAGGACAUUAAUGACAAUGAUGUCCUUCCCGCUAACUAGAACUCGGAUGGCGUACCAUGUGCUGAUAUAGAUGAUGGCUUGCCCAUUGAAUCUGAUCAUUCAUGGAGGUUGUAGUCAAGUCGGGUGUUUGUUAAUUAGUAGUGUGAUAUGGUGUCAAUUUGUGGAUAACAUGCCUUUUGAUAUUUUACGAGUUCAACUGUAAUUUGAACCCUACAAGGCCUAUAGUUGUUCAAUUUAUCAAUGCCACGGUUGAGAUGGUUGUAUGCUAUUUUAGUUUAUGUAGGGCAGAGUUGUUUAGUUUUAGAUUGUAAGGAUUUGGGAUUGCAUUGUAUGAACUAUGAAGAAUAGUGCUAUGUAUCAAGU